AUGACACGCAGUGACAAUAUCAAGCUUCUUAUGGCGGUCUUCAAGCAAUGGCAAUCUGCUCGUAUUGAUACAAAUAAGCUAGGGGAAGAUCUCGGUAUCAAUCCUGGAGCUGCAGCUAUGCGUUUGUUCCGACUCAAAGUGAGGCUCCGUACUGGACAUGGGCCAACACACGCUGAUAUUGCACUUCUUGUCGCCAUCAUCAAUCAGGAAGAUAGUUUGCCUCGACUCAAAUAUACCUACUUGGUGCAGAUCUCGAAAUCAGACCUGGAGCUGCAGCAAUGCGUUGGUGGAGGUAUAAGGCACGUCUUGAGGAGAAUGCUAAAGUAG